AUGAUUGUAGAGGACACCGCUGCGGCUGAAGUGCCGACCGUUCGGCGAGUGCGCCGGAUGCGCAUGCAUUUUGAGCGACUUGUUCGCCCAUCUGACGUGCAACCGGGUGACUCGAUGCCCAGCAUUGAGGGAUGGGUUCUGUUCCUCACAAACCUGCCAGCCAACACAACCACGGACCACAUUCUCGACUUGUUCCUCACCCACAAGAAUGAGAGGGGCGAGGGAUGUGCCCCUGUUCGCGAGGUAAGGCUGCCACUGGACAAAGACUGCUGUUGCCGCGGCUAUGCAUUGGUUGAGCUGGAGCGAAGGGAGGCUUUUGAGCGGGCGUUGCAGGAGUUAAACGGUGUUGUGCUGCCGUUUGCCGAGGGGGAGCCGCCAACGGGCGAGGAUGUCUGGCGUCUACAGAUUGCACCAACGUUUUUGGGUGAGGAGGACGAUGACGAUAUUCCGUUGGCAGGCGAGAAGCGGACUUUGGAGAGCAUUGAGUGA